AAGAUAAGUAUAAGUCAGGCCCAGGUGAACGAACACUGGAAGAGGAAAAGUUGGUGUUUAUAUUGAAGGUGUGAGGAAAAGGUUCGUGUUCACCUCACUGUGUGUCGCUGUUAACCCUUUGAAUGGCAGUGGUUACUCUCAGCUGAAUAAAAUCUUCUGGCGUAAACCAGAAUACAGUAUAAUACCUAAGUGCGACACUGCCCUUUAAACGGUUAACCCCUGCUCGAGGAAGAUGGUCCUUGUGCUACGAACAAAUCUUAUACAAAAGUGUUGUCAUAAAACAAGUGUUAUAGCGUCAGUAAUAAUUUUCGUUUUGUUGGUGAGCGUUUACCAAGAGGAUAAUGUUAAGGAGAGUGACAAAGAUAGUGAUACGUAUAGUGAGGAGGCUGGUGAGCAGAGGAGAGGAGCACUUGUUUACCGUGGAGGAUCAGGAAAGACAGGUGUGUCAGUAAAUAGGUGUCGCUCCCUCUUCACCAUCACUGGGGUGCCAGAUGACAACACGCUUGUCGCUGCUCACCUGCUACAAUAUCCUGCAGACAACAACAACUUGACGAGCAACAGGUGGACGCCGCUACACCCCCGGGGGGACCAACACCUGUCAGCGGCUGUCAAAGGGGUGAGACACCUGCUGCAGAAGAGGUCGUCGUCGUCGGGAGCUUCCACCGAGGACUACCGCAGUCUGGCGGCGCUGCUUCCUACACUCUUAACCUUCCAACACCACACUAACAAGAGUCAAGAGGAUGACCACAGGAAGGAAGGUCAAACACCCAUCCUCCGCCACACCAGUAGGAUUGAUGCCAACGGCGGAGUGCUGCCCUACGUGCCCUGUGCCAUAGUGCCCUUUGACCACCCGCCCUCCGUCACCGCCUGCUUCGCCUACAGACUCCUCAACAACAACUCCCUCUGGAUCGCGUUCAUGGGCGACUCAAAAGUCAGGGAAUUAUUUUAUGAGUUCCUUAUGAGAACCGAUAGUGAAUAUUACUACAUGAUUCACUUCAUGGACAGGACGGAGUCGUGGGAGGAGGUGAAGAAAAAGUACUUAGAGAUCAAGAUGAAGGAGGACAUGGAAGCCACGACAGAGGCUGCACUCCGCCUGCGCAUCACCUUUAGUUUCAAGUCCUUCAGUGCGUUGCCCAAAGAUUAUAACACCAGCAUUGCACUACGACAGCUGGCAAGGUGGGCAUCAAGGACGGAGCAACCACCAGACCUCCUCGUCGUGGAUAAACUCAUCACUGUCGCCGCCAACAAUGACCAUGAUGUUGUUGAUCAACGGCUGAAAAGCUAUUUGAGGAAAAAGCAGGCUCCUCCCAUGUCUGAAAUCUCUAAAGUACAGCAAGGACAGGUCAGUGGCGGCCAAAGCUCACGAUUUAGACCUUACGUGGGUUUUGACGAGAAGGAUUUCGUCUCAGCCCGACCCCAGAUUGUUCCAGGGGGUAAGGCUAGACAUCCUGCAUCGGGAACGAGGGCUAUAGAUAUUGCUGCAGAAAUUUUUAAAAAGUAUCAGGAAAACAUGAAAAGGCGGUAUGACAAGAAGUCUAGAAGCAGAGAGUUCAAACCUGGUGACCACAUGUUGGCACAAACAGGAAAUCCAUUGAAAGCCAGAUUUUGUGGUCCCUGGGUGAUUUAA